AUGCUCAGCUCAGAAGAAUCACCUCACGAGUCGCACACUGGAGCAAUGCGUCUUGCCAAAGCCGCGCUGGUGCCUGCUGUCAUCAUCCUCGCAUCCGAUGGGAUUCUGCUAAACGCUUAUGGACUUGAUGACGACGAGACGGAGGCCUAUGCCCGUAGAUUCCUCUGA